AUGAAUAAUAUCUCUACUUCCUGGGAUUGCAAGAUGCGACUAUGGCUACCAUCUGGUGAAAAUCCAGCGGUAAGCGCCGUAAUGUUUUCUACGGGAGUGUUGGGCAACCUCCUAGCACUGGCACUGCUGAUACAUCGUUGGUGGGGUGGCUCUCAAAGGAGUGACCAGGGGUCCCCCUGCCGCUUAUGUAGGACCCCCAUUUCCCUGUUCCACUUGCUAGUGACUGAGUUGGUGUUCACCGAUCUCCUCGGGACCUGCCUCAUCAGUCCAGUGGUGCUGGCAUCAUACUCACGGAAUCAGACUCUGGUGACACUGGCGUCCGGUGGCCGGAUGUGCACCUACUUUGCCUUCACCAUGACCUUCUUCAGCUUGGCCACGAUGCUGAUGCUUUUUGCUAUGGCUCUAGAGCGCUGCCUCUCCAUCGGCCACCCCUACUACUUCUACAAGCGCUGCAUCACUUGGCGUCUUGGGCUGGUGGUCCUGCCGGGUAUCUAUGUCUUUUCUCUGCUAUUUUGCUCCUUUCCAUUGCUGGACAACAGGCUGUAUGCGCAAUAUUGUCCUGGAACCUGGUGUUUCAUUAAGCCGGAGAAAUCCCCUUACUUACAGAUAUAUGCCACGCUGUUACUGCUUCUCAUUGUUGCAGUGUUACUCUGCAACGUCAGUGUCAUCCUUAACCUAGCCCGCAUGCACCACCGAAGAAAGAACAAUGGUAAGGUGGCCCCCCUGAGCAGAGGCAAAGUUAAUCCAGGGAGCCUCAAGAAAGGGGAAAGAAUGUCUAUGUCGGAGGAGAUAGACCACCUCAUCCUUCUUGCUAUUAUGACCAUCACAUUUGUGAUCUGCUCAUUACCUUUUACGAUUUAUGCAUACUUGACUGAACCUUCCUCCAGGGAGAAAAAAUGGGAACUACAAGCACUUAGAUUUUUAUCAAUUAACUCAAUAAUUGAUCCUUGGAUCUUUGUCAUUCUUAGGCCUCCUGUUCUGAGACUGCUCCGUUCAAUACUAUGCUGUCAGAUAUCAUUGAAAGCACAUGAUGUUCCACCAACAUAGUAACUUUUGUGCGUAAUGGUUAUCAGUAUCACACAGCACCUGGAAAUCAACUUUGAGAUGGUUCCUUAGAGAAAUGAGGGGGAAAAGGAAAGGAAAGGAAAAAGGAAAUUAGAGGAAAGAAAAAGAAAGGAAAGAGGGAAAGGAAAGAAGAUAAAGGAGAGGAGAGGAAAAGAUGCUAUUCUAAUAAACAAAAAUAAUUUCGAACAAUGACUAGACUACAAAUACACCAACUUGAGGCUGUGUGAAAUUUGUCUAAAAGAAUUCAGAAAGACUUUCUAGAGUGAGUAAAUUGUGUGGACUUUAGGGAAAAAAUAAGCAGCAGCAUUUGAGAAUACUUGGUAACUCUAUUCAGUUGACUUUAGAUUUAAGUUUUCUUUUGAACUAAGAAUAUAUGCUGUCAUAACUUGUUUAAACUUCUAAAUUGCUUUGGUCAUUCAAUAUUAAUUUGCUAUUUUGUGAUUAUACUGAUAGAAAUCAUAUCUAGUCAGAUAAAGCACUUUGUUUGUUUAACCACCAAGUCCUCAGCCUUACAGUUCUUUAGUCCCAGCCUUCUUUUCAUCAAACCCAGUAAUCACAAAAGUCUCCUUCACUGUCUUCUCCCUAUGAAGAUUCCUAUGCUGGAAUUUCCACAGCUUUGCUUCCUAAAUUUUGCUUUCAUCUUCAUCUUAAAUCCCUUGCAUAAUCCAUGCAUAAAUCCCUUUUCAAGUAUACCUUCAAAAUGCUGAAUUUUUUACUUAUCAGUGUUUCUUUUUCCCAAUCACUGGUACAUAUUCUUCUUUGCCUUCCG